AUGGAAGGUAACACAACACCAGAAAUACAAUAUUUUCUUUCCAUCGUUGAUCACCAGAUUGGCCACCGGACAGCCAUCAGCACCUCCAGCACCUUCUGUGCCGACACCCAGCUCCAGACACCCUUUGAGCUGGGUCGGAAGAUUUUGGAGACUCUGCACCGUAUUGAGCACCGCAACGCUCGCCGCUUCCAAUUGAUAGUGGCGAAGUUAGACGGUCAUGAUCCUGGACCACCUCCUCCGGACACACCUAAGCCUGAGCCUGAGCCUGAGACAGAGGAGCCGGCACCGGAGGAGCCAGCAGCUAAAGCUGGCCAGGCAGAUGAGCCUCAGGAGCACAAAGGAACAGAGGCCACAGUGGAGGAGCCUGUAGAUCACAUUAUUGAGGAGCCGGCAGCUGUAGCCGAGCCAAUUGUUGAGACCGCAUCAGAGCCAGCUGGCCACACACUUGAGGAGCCUAGAGCACAUCCCGCACCAAAGUCGUUGAUGAGCGGAUAA